AUGAAUAAUACCCCAAAGAAGCACUCAAGGUUUUCUUCCUCUAAAACAGAAUCAAGAAAGCGUAGCCGCUCACGUUCGUCCAGUAACUCACCAUCAAAAAGUCAAGAUUUCAUCCCUCUUCUCUCUUCCUCUCCUCCAAAGCCUGUAAAAGAAGAACUUCGGACACCUCCAUGAAUCCGAUCCCAUACGCUAAAAUUAGAAGAUCCACUACUUCAGCUUCACGAAGAGAUUAUUGACUUCUAUGACUAUAUGCAGCCAUCUGAAUCAGAAAUUGCAGCACAACAAAGUGUCCUUACUCGCUUAACUGAUGUGGCAAAAGAAUUAUGGGAACGAGCCGAAGUCCAAGUCUUUGGUUCUUUAGGCAGCGGUCUCUGGAUGCCUAACAGUGAUAUUGAUAUGGUUAUUAUGACAAAUUCAGACGACGAGCCAAGCGAAUUGAUAAACACUUUCUCACACAAACUUUUGCAGCUGAAAAUACCUAGCCAGUUAGAAAGAAUUUUAACUGCGAAAGUUCCUAUCGUGAAAAUCAAGGACAAAGCGACUGGAAUUUUGGUAGAUAUUUCGUUUAAUAUUGACAAUGGAGUGGAAGGGAUCAAUGUGGUUAAGAAUUAUAUCAAUCGAUACCCUGAAGUAAAAUAUAUCGUUUUUGUCAUGAAGUAUUUCUUAAAACAAAGAGGUUUAAAUGAAACAUACUCUGGGGGCAUUGGAAGUUUUUUACUGUUCUGCAUGGUAGUUAGCUCAGUGCAAAUGCAUCCUGCUCAUAGAGAAGACAGAAAAUAUUAUUCAAGAUACACAUUGGCUCAUUAUCUAGUUCACUUUUUACAGCUUUAUGGAGAUACUUUUAAUUAUGAUGAUGUCGGGAUUUCAAUAAAAGGAGAAGGGUAUUAUUUCAAUAAAAGAAGCAGACAGUGGUAUAUGUCAGAUAAGCCUGGGUAUCUAUGUGUUGAAUGUCCACAAAACGUCGAUACUGAUUUAGGAAGAAACUCUUUUUCAAUUGAUUUGGCUAAAAAGGCUUUUUCUCAUGCUUACAAACUCUUGUGUGCUCAAAAUUAUACAUACGCAAAAAGUCCUUUGAAUCUGAUUAUUAGAGUUGACGAUCUCAUUAAAGGUCGCCCAGCACAUCAUAUAUAA